GCCAGUAACAAAACUCAGUAAGGAGGCUGAACUCAAGCGGAUUGUAUGUGCCGUGCGGAAAAAUAAAAAAUAAAAAAGUUCGCGGUUCUUUUUUUGUUCUAGGAGACUGUGGCUUUCAAGGUUUCCAGCCUUUCUCUUCUGUGUAUUUGAACAAAAUGAAGGUUCUAUUUGUGGUCUGCGUGGCAGCGCUAGUGUGCGGCGCGCUCGCCAAGAAUAAGAAGAACGAUGAGUCGAAGGUGAAGAUAGCAGUGUACUACGAGUCCCUAUGCCCGGACAGUAAGAAGUUCAUCACGAGCCAGCUGGCGCCCGUGUGGAGGGACUUCCGCGGAGGGGUCAAGGUCAAACUCGUGCCGUACGGCAAGGCCACGCACGACAAAGUAAACGGCAAAUGGCAGUUCACGUGUCACCACGGACCCGAUGAGUGCUACGGAAACAAGAUCCAGGCGUGCAUCCUGAAGGCCAAGCAGCUCACAGACACGGAGAAGAUGGAGCUGGUCAUCUGUCUCAUGUCGCAGGCCAGCCCCGACAAGGCGCUGGACACUUGCCUGACUCAAGUGAAGAGAGAAGACCAGUCAGUCAAGAUCAAGGAAUGCGCGUCCGGAGAAAAGGGAGACAAUCUGCUCGCCUCCUACGGAGACAAGAGUGAUGCAGUCCAGAGGCCACUGUCGUUCGUGCCCACCAUUGUCAUCAAUGAGAAAUUCGAGCAAGCCGUGCACGACCGCUCGUUCACGGACCUCAAGGGCGCCGUGUGCGCCGCCGCCCCCAGCAAGCCCGCCUACUGCCAGUGACACUAGAAUAGAAUAAU